AUGGCUACUGUCACCAUCCAGUCGCCGCUAUCGCGAAGAGGCCACGGCCCCGGUCUGCUCAUCCUGGUCGAGCAGGGCAUCGACCUCUCCAAGCACGAUACCAUCUUGGACCCCCCUCCGGCUCAGAAAUGGGCCGAGGAAGGCUAUGCCGUUGCCCAAGUCAUCAUCGCGCCCGGAGUUGGUGACGUCGCGAACCGCGUGUCGGCGGCCAUCAAGAGCCUCCGAGACCUGGACAGUUGCGACGACAAGGAAAAGUUUGGCGUCAUUGCACACCUCGCCGUCGCUUCCCAGCAAGUCGCGGAUGCUCUCGAGAGCCACCCCGAGAUUAAGGCCGUCGUCUUCUUCAACUUUGCGCAAGCCCUCGCCAUCCCCACCCUCUCCCACGUCCCCGGAAUCCAUGCCGGGGCGCUCAAGACGACGGCGACGACGGGCUCUGCCGCCGCCAAGUCGUACUCGUACCCCGCCGCCCGUGAUUUCUUUGUCGUCCCCGGACACUCCCACUUCGAUGCCAACGCCGCCGGGCUCGCCCACACCCGCACGCUGACGUUCCUAAAACCCGUCCUCGGCGGGCCCUACUUCGACCUCGAGGCCGUCUGGGAGGAGCACACCCUUUUCGAGUUCGGCGAGCGGGACGUCGAAAAGACCAUGGCCACCAUGGUCGAGCAGCCCUAUGUCAACCAUAUACCCACACUGACGGGCGGCGUAGGCCGCGGCCGUCUGACCAACUUUUACAGAGACCACUUCGUCUUCAACAAUCCCGAUGACACCGAGCUCCAGCUGGUCAGCCGCACCGUGGGCAUCGAUCGAGUCAUUGAUGAGUUCAUCUUCAAGUGCACCCACGACAAAGUCAUAGACUGGCUACUUCCUGGCGUGCCGCCGACGGGGAAGCAUCUCUCUAUCCCGUUCACGAGCGUCGUGAACGUCCGGGGUGAUCACCUUCACCACGAGCAUAUUGCCUGGGACCAGGCCACCGCGCUGCGCCAACUGGGCCUGCUGCCAGACUACCUGCCGUUCCCCUACCAGAUUAACGGCAGCGACCCGGCGAGUGGUAAGAGGUUCGAGUUCAGACUGCCCGUGGCUGGCGUCGAAUCAGCCCAUAAGCUGGUGGAUGAGAGUGCCGUCGAGUCAAAUGCCAUGUUUGAGUACGCAGCGAGAGAGGUUGAUGAGUAG